UGCUGACCGCACUAGUUCUUCAGACACCUCCGCGUAUUGUUCACCGCGCUUCACUCAAACAUGGCACCAGACUUUUCCAAGAACGCAGUGGAGAGCCCGGAGCCCUGCAAAGCUGAAGUAAAAGGGAGUAUUCCCAGUUGGCUGCAAGGCACGCUGCUGCGCAACGGUCCCGGCAUCUUCUCUGUGGGGGACACCAGCUACGACCACUGGUUUGAUGGGAUGGCUAUAAUGAACAGCUUCGUCUUUAAAGAUGGUGAAGUGACCCACAGAAGCAGAUUCCUCAAGAGUGACACCUACGAAGCAAACAUGGCUGCAAACAGGAUAGUUGUGUCUGAAAUGGGUACAAUGGCCUACCCAGACCCAAGCAAGAAUUUCAUUGUCAAGGCAAUCACCUUUCUCAACCACACAGUGCCUGACUUCACUGACAAUGGUGCAAGCAAUUUCAUUAAAUACGGAAAGGACUAUUACGCCACCUCUGAAACAAAUUACAUCCGCAAGAUUGACCCUGUGACGCUGGAAACACAGGACAAGGUGGACUACAUGAAGUACCUGCCAGUAAACUUGGUCUCAUCCCACCCGCACUACGACAAAGAGGGCAACGCCUACAACAUCGGAACUUCAGUGGCAGAGAAGGGCAAGACUAAAUACAUACUGUUCAAAGUCCCUGUUUCCUCAGAGAAAG